CUCACCACCACCAAGCUCACUCGCUUCGCCCUUUGCCUUAUCUCCUCCCAACGCCAUUGAAUCCAAUCCCUCCUCCUCCCCCUCUACCUUGCUUCCUUCUUCCUCUCCUUGUGGGUGAGAGGUGUGUGUGUUUCGUUUCUUGGCUGGGUUUUUUUUUUUCGACCGAUGCGCAUGGAAGGCGGCGGCGGCGGCCAUGGCCAUCACCAUGGCAUCGGGGGAUUCGGCGGCGGCGGCGGCGGCGGCAGCGGCGGAGGGGAGGCGCAGAUCAAGGGCGCGCUGACGCACGGCGGCCGGUACGUGCAGUACAACGUGUACGGCAACCUGUUCGAGGUGUCCUCCAAGUACGUCCCGCCCAUCCGCCCCGUCGGCCGCGGCGCCUGCGGCAUCAUCUGUGCUGCUGUCAAUGCGCAGACUCGUCAGGAGGUCGCCAUCAAGAAGAUCGGCAACGCGUUCGACAAUCAGAUCGAUGCCAAACGCACCCUGCGAGAAAUUAAGCUGCUUCGGCACAUGGAUCAUGAUAAUGUCAUCUCAAUAAAGGACAUCAUACGGCCACCAAGGAGGGAGAACUUCAAUGAUGUUUACAUUGUCUAUGAAUUGAUGGACACUGAUCUUCACCACCUUCUACGAUCAAACCAGCCACUGACAGAUGAUCACUGUCAGUAUUUUCUCUAUCAAGUACUACGAGGAUUGAAGUAUGUGCACUCAGCAAAUGUCUUGCACAGAGACCUCAGGCCAAGCAAUUUGCUGCUAAAUGCGAAAUGCGAUCUUAAGAUUGGAGACUUCGGGUUAGCAAGGACGACGAACGAAACAGAUUUCAUGAUGGAGUAUGUUGUUACUCGAUGGUACAGGGCACCUGAACUCCUCCUAAACUGCUCAGAAUAUACUGCAGCUAUUGACAUUUGGUCAGUAGGCUGCAUCCUUGGUGAGAUCGUCACAAGGGAACCUUUGUUUCCUGGAAAGGAUUAUGUCCAUCAGCUGAGGCUAAUUACUGAGUUAAUAGGCUCACCUGAUGACUCGAGCCUCGGGUUUCUUCGAAGCGAUAACGCCCGCAGAUAUGUGAGGUCGCUUCCUCAAUACCCCAAGCAACAAUUCCGUUCACGGUUUCCCACUAUGUCUAGUGGUGCCAUGGAUUUGCUUGAGAGGAUGCUUGUGUUUGAUCCGAGCAAAAGGAUUACUGUUGAUGAGGCUCUGUGCCAUCCAUACUUGGCAUCCCUUCAUGAGAUAUAUGAUGAACCUGUCUGCCCCGCGCCUUUCAGCUUCGAUUUUGAGCAACCAUCAUUAAGUGAAGAAGACAUCAAGGAAAUCAUAUGGAGGGAGGCACUCAAGUUCAACCCUGAACCAAUUCACUAGAUGGUUACCAUUGAAGAAGAAGCAGCAGCAGAUCAGACUGGCAGAUGAUCCAUCCACUCCUUUGGGUGGGGAAGACACGAGCCAACAUCAUGAUGUAUAGUUGGCUACCCUCUGAGCAUCUCAUCUUGUGGCUUGUCGUUGGCACCUGGCAUCAGAAAAUUCAGACAUUUAUGAAAAACAAGAAAAGCUUGAUCAAUAAUUUGUAGUACGAAAAAAAAUCAGGAGCUCAACUGUAUCUUCUUGUUAGAUUUGUACCUAUCCCAUUUCGUUGUAUAUGCUUAAGAAAACCUGGGAGCUUGUCGCUAGCUAUGGACUACGGUACAGCAAUCUCCUGAUGCUCUUCAGUCAUCAGUUCAGUUCACCA